UCUCACAAGCCAAUUAUGGAGCAAAAAGGUGAAAGAGAUCAUGUUAGCUUCGCACCAAAGGCUAAUGGUGGAAAACAAGAUGAUCACACGGUGAUUGAGGUUGACAUGCAAGGGCUCCUCGAAGCAGGAGAUCAUCGACGUCAGAGACAACCGCCUUAUUAUGUGAACUCUCUCUCCUCUUGGGAGAUGGAGACACUCACUGCUAUGUGUGACACCUUCUUGCCGUCCGUUGAUGUUUCCGACGUUACUACCGAUGAAGCGAUUGUCAAGUUCUUCUCCACUUCUGCUUCCAUGGCUGGCACUCCAGAACGUGUAGGGGGACUGAUAUGCCAGAGACUGAAACACCCAAAGAAAUGGCUGCUGCGAGUGUCGUUAUGGGUGCUAUCGACAUGGAUUGGGAGCUUAGUAUUAUGCGGGAGAGGAUGCCUGUCGAGCGAAUUUCCAUACGUUCAAAGAUUUGCUCUGUUGUCGCGGCAGAGACGGGAAGAGAUAGUGUUUUCAUUGUCUCUCGGUUAUUUCCAUCUUCUAAGAAUGUUCGUCAAGUCCUUGAAGCUUCUAAUUCUCUAUGUUUUCUUCACCCAGGUCGAUGAGAAGAAUGACAACCUAUCAUGGAAAGCAAUUGGUUACAGUGGACCUGACCUGGAGCACAAAAUCCAAUCUCAGCAGUUGAAGAAAUUAAGACAAAUUACUGGAUAUGGAGAAUAUGAACUUGAAGAAGAUGGUGGCAAACAAGAGUUUUGUGGACCCCUUUACAGAGGCCUCAUCAAUCUAAAAAUCCCGCGGGGCAUGGCUUUCGAUAAAUUACGACGACUUGGAUUUCCCAUCUCAGUCAUGUCUCGCAAAACCAAUGUUCCUUCCACCAUAUCUUACCCUUCUUUACUUAUCCAAUGUGAUGCAGUGGUGAUUGGUUCUGGCUCCGGCGGCGGUGUUGUUGCCGGAGUUCUAGCAAAGGCCGGUUACAAAGUGCUUGUUUUGGAGAAAGGAAAUUACUGCGCGAGGAACAAUCUCUCACUUCUGGAAGGACAAACUUUGGAUCAAAUGUACCUAUCUGGUGGUUUGCUGGCAACUGAUGAUAUGGGAAUGCUAGUACUUGCAGGCUCCACAGUUGGCGGAGGCUCUACAAUUAACUGGUCAGCUUCAAUUCGUACACCUGAACAUGUAACUAAAGAAUGGUGUGAUCGCUAUGAACUGGAACUGUUUGACAGUAAACUCUACAAAGAAGCCAUGGAUGUUGUCUGUGAAAAAAUGGGAGUUCAAUCCGAAUUCCAAAACGAAGGAUUCAACAACGCAGUCUUGAGGCGGGGGUGUCAAGAACUGGGUUAUCCUGUGAGUAACAUACCUCGAAAUUCUGUGGCAGAUCAUUACUGCGGUUGGUGCGGUCUUGGCUGCAAGGAUGGAAGAAAGAAAGGCACCUCCGAGACAUGGCUUGUGGACUUGGUAAAUUCAGGCAAUGGUGCGAUUCUUCCCGAUUGUGAGGCUAUCAAAGUAUUGAACAAGAGAAAGAAAGGAAGAGGCAGGAAGACAGCAACUGGGGUUGCUUUUGAGUUUGUGUAUGAAGGAGUAAAAGAGAUAUGUGUGGUGGAGUCCAAGGUGACUGUCGUUGCAUGUGGCGCCCUCAGCACGCCAGCAUUGUUGAAAAGAAGUGGCUUGAAGAAUGCCAACAUUGGAAAGAACUUGCAUCUCCAUCCAGUGGCAAUGUCGUGGGGCUACUUUCCCGACACACCUUUCACGAAUGCUUGGCCGGAGGGAGAGAAGAAGAGCUAUGAAGGAGGGAUAAUGACAGCAAUGUCAACCGUUGUUGCAAAUUUUGACGGGUCUGGAUAUGGUGCAUUGAUACAAACACCUUCAUUGCACCCCGGCACGUUCUCGAUGUUAAUGCCAUGGGUUUCCGGCAUAGAUAUGAAAAACCGAAUGUGCAGGUUUUCAAGGACCGCCCAUAUAUUUGCAUUGGGAAGGGAUAGAGGUUCGGGAACGGUGCUUUCACAAAACUCAAUCAGUUACCAAAUGGAAGCUACCGACGAAGAGAAUCUAAAGAGAGGGCUAGAGAAGGUGCUGAGGAUAUUGGCAGCAGCCGGAGCUGAAGAAAUAGGAACCCAUCACUCGGGAGGAAAGACGAUAAACGUAAAGAAAGUAAGCUCGCAUGAGUUCGAGAGGUUCGUGAAAGAGGAAAGCUCAAAGCCAUUGAGGGGGCUUUCGACUCCGCUAUGUUCAGCGCAUCAGAUGGGGAGCUGCCGGAUGGGGGUCGAUCCGAAGAAAUCGGCGGUGAACCAGAUGGGGGAAACAUGGGAGGUGGAAGGGCUUUUUGUGGCGGAUACGAGUGUGUUUCCGACAGCUUUAGGUGUGAAUCCAAUGGUCACCGUUCAGGCCAUUGCUUAUUGCACUGCACAGUCUGCUCUUGAAGUUCUUCGGAGGAAAAAGUGUAGAUUGCGCUCAAACUAAUUCUACUUUUAUCUAAUAAAAGCAUUUUUAUGUAAUCUAAUAAAA